AUGGCGGUUCGCGCACAGUUUGAGAACUCCAACGAGGUUGGCGUGUUCGCUCGUCUCACCAAUUCAUAUGCCGUUGUCGCUAUCGGAGCCUCGGAGAACUUCUACAGUGUAUUCGAGGCUGAACUCCAAGAUGUCAUCCCCAUCUGUCGCGCUACUAUUGCUGGUACUAGGAUUGUUGGGCGUCUAACAGCGGGUAACCAUAAGGGCCUUCUGGUCCCCACCACCACCACAGAUCAGGAACUGCAGCAUCUCCGGAAUACGCUCCCAGACUCGGUCAAGAUUCAACGGAUAGAAGAGCGUCUAUCAGCUCUGGGAAAUGUCAUCUGCUGCAAUGAUCAUGUCGCCUUGAUACAUCCGGAUCUGGAGCGAGAAACAGAAGAAAUUAUCGCCGACGUCCUUGGCGUCGAAGUCUUCCGACAAACUAUUGCUGAUAACGUCCUGACGGGCUCAUACAUGGCUUUAUCCAACAAUGGCGGUAUCGUGCACCCCAAGACCUCCAUCCGUGAUCAGGACGAGCUCUCCUCUCUCCUCCAGGUGCCUCUUGUCGCUGGUAGUGUGAAUCGUGGUAGUGCUGUUGUUGGCGCUGGUAUGGUUGUCAACGACUGGUUGGCCGUAACGGGCCUGGAUACGACGGCAACAGAGUUGAGUGUCAUUGAGAGUGUGUUCCGCUUAGGGGAGAUGGGCCCUCGCGGUGCUGGCAUGGGCAAUGCUAACAAGGAGAGCAUUGUGGAGAGCUUCUACUAG